AUGGAGAACAUCCAGCACAGUUAUGUGCAAGUGAAGGGACUGAAGCUCCAUAUAGCUGAGAUUGGAAGUGGUCAAAAGGCAGUGCUUUUCUUACAUGGAUUCCCAGAAAUAUGGUAUACAUGGAGGCACCAAAUGAUUGAUGUAGCCAAUGCUGGCUACCGAGCUAUUGCCUUUGAUUUCAGAGGCUACGGACUUUCUGAGCAUCCAGUGGAGCCAGAAAAGGCUAACUUACUUGACCUUGUUGAUGAAGUCCUGGGUCUUUUGGAUUCAUUAAGCAUUAGCAGGGCUUUCCUUGUUGGUAAGGACUUUGGUGCGAUCCCAGCAUAUAUUGUAGCCGCCCUUCAUCCAGAAAGAGUAACUUCUGUCAUAACAUUAGGCGUUCCUUUCACGCUUCCAGGUCCUUCUGUUAUUCAGGAUCUCCCAGAAGACAGCUAUGUUAAGAGGUGGCAGAAGCCUGGGAGGGCUGAAGCAGAUUUUGGCCGCUUUGAUGUUAAGUCAGUUAUAAGGAACAUCUACAUACUCUUUUCUGGAAGUGAGAUACCAGUAGCAGGCGAAAAUCAGGAAAUCAUGGACUUGUUCAACCCAUCUACUCCCUUGCCUCCAUGGUUCUCUGAGGAAGACCUGGCAACCUAUGCAUCACUAUAUGAAAAAUCUGGAUUUAGAUUUGCGUUGCAGGUUCCAUACAGGAGCCUUGGGGUGGAAAGUGGUAUAAGUGAUCCUAAAGUCACAAUUCCAGCACUGCUGAUCAUGGGUGAGAAAGAUUAUGUCUUGAAGUCUUUUGGCAUGGAGGACUACAUCCGAAGUGGAGCAGUGAAACAUUUUGUGCCAGAAUUGGAAAUCAUAUUUAUUCCAGAAGGAAGCCAUUUUGUGCAUGAACAAUUUCCCGAUAAGGUGAACCAACUCAUUGUUGAAUUCCUUCACAAACAAAGCAUCUGA